AUGGCGUUCGAGUUUGGUAUACCCGUAAUGCUAGAGCCGUUCGGAGGCUUUGGAGUAAACAAUGGACCGAACGAGGGGCCCCCGAAUCCAGUCUUCCAGUUCGGUUUAGGACCGUUCCCCUUCGGACAAGGAAUGUUGGGCAGAGGCCGCGGCAUCCGUCAACCGCCACCGGUCAACGGAGACAACUUCGCAGCGUUGUUUGCCAUGCGAAACGGGUCAACCUACGUUGCGCGCAAGAGCCAGGUGGGACGCAACGUACGCCCGCCGAACUGGAGAAGCAUUCGUUUGCCGGCUUACCAGAAAAAUUUCUACCGUGAACAUAUCAGGACAGCGCAGAGAUCGCCCGAACAAGUGGAGGCCUACCGGAACGCCAACGAGAUAAUCAUCACGGGACGCUGCGCCCCCAAGCCCAUCCUUCACGUCGACGAGGCAGGCCUUCCGGAAUCCGUGACAAAGGCAGUCGAGAACCUCAACUCUGGGUCGUCGCCGACCGCAUUGCAGGCUCAGUGCUGGCCCAUAGCUCUCAGUGGCAGAGACCUCGUGGCCGUUGAUUGCACUGCCUCGAAAGGGAAGUCACUUGCUUACCUCGUCCCAGCGCUCGCUCACGUACACCAGCAGCCAGCCAUGCUGGUUGGUGGCUUACCUACGGUGUUAGUGCUGACAGCGACGCGGGAGAUGGCCCAGCAAGUUCUCAUCGCUGUUCGCAAGCUUACCGAGGGAUCCAAGAUUCGAACAAUGUAUCUCGUGUCGAGCGAUCCGAAGCAGCCGCAGCUGAAACAGCUGCAGGAAGGCGCUGAUAUCUGCAUAGCAACUCCGGGCCGCCUCAUAGUCUUCAUGGAGGAGCACAAGGUGAAUCUGCGCCGUUGCACUCUUUUGGCUGUAGAUGAAGCUGACCGCAUACUGGCGGUUGGCUUAGGCAAGGAACUUCGCACCAUCGUGGACAACAUCCGACCGGACCGCCAGACCCUCGUGAGGUUGUCAUGCGCAACGAGGGAGUCGAGGGAGCUAGCCGAAGAGUUGACGAAUGAUGCCAUCAACGUCAGCGUCGGGACGGCAACGCUGGUGCUUAAGAGCCGCCGCGUAGAGCAUCUAGUCUUCGUUUGCGAAGAGGCCCAGAAGGAAGAAAAGCUCGUCGCCCUCUUAAACGACAUUAUCAACGACGAGAGUGACAGGGCCGUCGUAUUCGUCGAAAGGCAGCAAACGGUAGAAGACCUCGCGUCGACAUUGUGUCGUCACGGUUGGCCAACCGUCGGCAUUCACGGGAAGAUGUCGAAGAAAGAACACAAGUGGGCUUUGGACGCCUUGCGAUUAGGCAGGGCAACCGUCCUGGUGGCGACCGACAUGGGAUCGAGGUCUGUGGAGCUGGAGAACGUGCGCUUCGUCGUCAGCUAUGACUACCCGAGCAACCCGGGCGAAUACUCGCGUCGCUUCAGUCACGCGGCUCGGCCUGACGGGACGGGCAGGAAGUACACGUUCCUGGCACCGGGCGAAGGCCUACAUGCCAGGGAGCUGACGUGGUUUCUACGAGAAAACAAACAGCCAAUUCCGCGGCAGCUACGUAAAGUCGCGAAUAAGGUGGCACGAAAAUAG